GUUUAACGUUUACUGCUGUAGUCUGUGUAACUCCUGUUACAUUCUUCCAAAUUGUAUCUGUUUUCCUCUGUCACAGUCUUCCAGGCAGGAUGAUGUUUGCUUCACUCCUCACGCUAUGCUUGAGUGCAGUGUUUGCUGCUCCAAGCUUAAACCUGUUGCAGUUAGACAAUCACUGGCACCUCUGGAAGAGCUGGCAUGGAAAAAACUAUCAUGAAAAAGAAGAGGGCUGGAGAAGAAUAGUGUGGGAGAAGAACUUGAGGAAAAUUGAGCUGCACAACCUUGAGCACGCUGUGGGCAAACACGCCUUCCGACUGGGCAUGAACCAAUAUGGUGAUAUGACAAAUGAGGAGUUCAGACAGGCAAUGCAUGGUUACAAUCAUGACCACAGUCGGAAAUCAAAAGGCUCAUUGUUCAUGGAACCCAGCUUUUUUGAAGCCCCUCAACAGGUUGACUGGAGAGAGAAGGGUUAUGUUACUCCUAUCAAAGACCAAAAACGUUGUGGAUCUUGCUGGGCUUUCAGCUCAACUGGUGCCUUGGAGGGUCAGCUAUUCCGCAAAACUGGAAAGUUGGUUUCUCUGAGUGAGCAAAACCUGAUGGACUGUUCCAGACCGGAGGGCAAUCUAGGCUGUAAUGGAGGCCUCAUGGACCAGGCUUUCCAGUAUGUUCAGGACAACAAAGGGCUGGAUUCAGAAGAGUCAUAUCCCUACCUUGGAACGGAUGAUCAGGCAUGCCGCUAUGACCCCCGAUAUAAUGCUGCCAAUGACACUGGUUUUGUGGACAUUCCCAGUGGUAAAGAACAUGCUCUAAUGAGGGCUGUUGCUGCUGUGGGUCCUGUAGCGGUUGCCAUUGAUGCUGGACAUGAAUCCUUCCAGUUCUAUCAGUCUGGCAUCUAUUAUGAGAGUGAGUGCAGCACUGAAGAACUUGACCAUGCAGUCCUGGUGGUUGGUUAUGGUUAUGAGGGUGCUGAUGUUGCUGGGAAGAGAUACUGGAUUGUGAAGAACAGCUGGACUGAGCAAUGGGGCGACAAAGGCUACAUCUACAUGGCCAAAGACCAACAGAACCAUUGUGGCAUUGCCACAUCUGCCAGCUAUCCCCUAGUGUAAGGCCACUGGCCUGUUCUCUGCAUUCUGGAAAUGCCAGUAGUUCACCUAUUUAAUUUCUUUUAAUAUUUCAUGCUGUUUUAAUUUUGUUUAUUAAAUAUUGUAAUGCUUUUU